AUGGAAUCUGCUAAAGUACUGAACUUAAAUAGAAUCGCUGCUACAGAUUCAUUGGGUUUUACACCCAUAAAACCGAAACUACGACGAUUUGUGGAUGUUUAUUCUCCAGAACAUCUGAAUUUGACGCCUAAGCCUAAACAGAAGCUUGAUUUGCUAUCCAAUGUUGGUAAAUUGUAUUUAACGCCGGAUAAACCUUUAAUCAUUGAUAAAGAAUGCAGGACUGUCAAAGCUCAUCCAAAUGCUUGCAAUGCCUGGGGGAAUUGUUCUUUUGAAGGCAAUCAAAGCUUUCCAAGAUUAAGUAGAAAACUAAGGCCAUUAAGAAUGGAUCUUGAGACUCCAACAAAAGCAAAACCAGCUGUUGAUUUAGUUAGAGUUGAUGGGCCAAAUGGAUUGCGUUUCAAUAGCUCCUUGGCAACUGGAGAUGCAGCAUCCACACCUACGCAGAUAGACAGAUUGCAGCAAUCUAUCAACCAUAGUAAAGCAGUCUUCACCAUUGAACCAAACACUUCAAAGAUUCUUAUUGUAAACAACAAGGCUUGCUCUCUGCUGGGUUACUCUUCUGGGGAAUUAUGUGACUUAAGGUUCUCAGAUCUUCUCAGAAAAAGAAAUAGCAAGGCUUUUAGUAUUCAUGAAGCAGAAGAUGGUGAUAUCUCCGAAGAUGGUACAAUGAUUUUGUUAAGUGGCAAGGUUGUAGAACUGCUGACAAAGGAUGGCAGUUCAGUUCAAGUAUCUCUGUGGAUACGACAAUUAGACAGUGAUGGACCAUGUUUGGUGGUUGCUGAGCCUAUCAUCUGUAAAAAUGUUGUGCUCACUAUAGAUGGAGAUGGUAUAAUAACAUCCUGUGAGGGAGAGGAUGUAGCUUUAUUGUUCCAAGCUGAAUCAUCGGACAAGCUCAUAGGUCUACCAGUCUCAUCUUUGAUACCGUCCAUACAGCUGCCACAUGACGUUCCCAUGUCUAAGAGUGUUUCAAAGCAGAAAGCAACAGGUAGGACCCUUGAUGGCGGUUCAUUUCCAUUGUGUCUGUGGAUAUCAAAAGCCCAUGUAGAAAACACUUGGUCAUCGUUGAAGACUAAAGAUAAACCUGCCAACAAAGAGAAACCUGUAUUUGUAGUUAAUGUCAGGGUAACAUACAACGUUAGCGGCCUUCUUGUCGUUGACGAGAGCGGCGUGAUAACAGCAUGUAACCAACACUUUGCUAUGUUGACCUUCGGUAAAGCACAGUCAGAGGUGAUAGGACAUCAAAUAGAAGACGUAAUACAGAACUUCUGUAGGGAAGCCGAUCUUAUGAAGAUUCAAGACAGAAAUAGAAAUAUGACUCUAUCACCUGUCAACAAUGAUAAUAAUGAUUCUGCUUCAGAAACUGACGAGGAUUCGUGUGGAGCGUUCAAUGGAAGUCAGAAAUCUGCUUGCACGUCCCUGAAUGUACAACAGUCGAUGUUAUCAACAACUAGAGAAAAAUCCUCUAGCGCGCUGUGCCUCGAUAAGUCAUAUAGUAUGGUGACACAUACUCCCACACCCACACAGGAUAUGGUCUCUAGUAUAAGCACGACGGAGCAGAGAAACGAUAUAUCAGCCCUCCCAGACGUCACUUCCGGCAUGUCAGGAAUUUCCAUAGACGAUGAGAACUACUGUCAAAGCAGCAUAUCCAAGUCGAGGUCCGAGAACAUGCUUCGAUCAGAACAGGGUAAUAUAAAACAGUCGCCCAAAGUGAACGAGAAAUCUGACUCGAUCUAUUACACCUCCCAACACUCUCAGGAAGUCACUCCAACGGGCAACUCAUCAAGAACUCGAUUAAACGACACCUCACUAAGACUAUCAUUCGACUUCACCAAGUGUAAAACAAUCAAAGUUAAAGAGGACAAAAGUAGCGCGUCCCUAGAUUUUUGUGACUCUAAUGAGACGAGCGCUGAUUUCUUGACUCCUAUCAACGAAAUGCCGCCGCCGGGCUGUGAAAUUGAAGAUUUACCGAAACACAACGGAAAUGACGAAAGCAUGGACAGUUUAAGCAAUGACAAUGAUCUGGAGACACAAACAGAAUCCGCGCCGAGGAAGAAGUUUGAUGACGAGCCAGAGACUCCUUGUAUGACGAAGCGCCUGGUCCGCGCCCACGUGACUUCGACUCCGGCACAAUCACGCCGCGACCUGGACGACUGGCGCCGCGCUGACGGCACAUACAGCGGCAUUGUGCGGCAUAAAGACGGCACUGAGCUCAGUUAG